AUGGAGAACUUCAAUAGAUCUAUUUCGUCUCUUGAAUUCGUCGUAAAUGUGAGAUUGUAUUGGUCCGUUGAAACUUUGGCCGAUUUUCUGGAGAAUAGGGUGGCGCAUACGGAUUUCCAUGUUGACAGAUUGCUUUACAAGAGAAGAACUGCUCUGGAAUGUUUGGUAGGCGAUAAGACACGACACAACUCCAGGGAAAAAUCCAUGAUGUGCCUUCUUCUAAAGCAUGGUGCUAGCCCUUUGAAGAGACAAAGAUAUGGUAAAACCAUUAUUCACAGGAUUUUACGGAACGAGGAUUCUUCCUUAAUCAUCGAGUUUUUGAAAUAUGUGGAGGACAUCAACAUGAUCCAUGGCAAAAGAACUGCGUUGCAUAUAGCUGUUAAGAGACAAUUAAAAGAUGUGGUACAAUAUAUAGUUGGGCGAAAUGCAGAUGUGAAUAAAAAAUCUCGUAGCGGGUUGACACCUUUACAUGAGUCGAUAAGCAGUAAAAGUGUGGAUAUGAUGAAAAUACUUCUAGAGAGCGGAGCAGAUAUGGAGAUCAAAAGUGAAGCAGGACAAACACCACUUCAUUUUGCUCUAGAAUACAAAAAUAUUGAUCAAAUCAGGACAUUGAUCAUGAACGGUGCCAACGUAAAUUCGACAGAUAAUUUGGGAGGAACUCCUCUACACGCUCUCUGCUCUAGAGGCUCAUUCGAUUUCGAAUUAUAUGAGCUUCUCCUACAGAAUUGUAACGUCAAUGUGAAAGACCCGUGGGGAGCCACACCGUUGCAUUAUUUGAUGAGAUUUUUACCUGUAGAUUCAUCAUCAGAGAAAAGAAAAUUGAUUAAUUUAUUUCUAAAAUAUGACGGGGAUUUACUGGAAUCAUACAACUUGUUCGGUACAGUAUUACAUGCUGCAGCCUCUUUUAACCAUUCUGUUCCUUUUUUAACGUUCUUGAUAGACAAAAUGGCAGAUAGGAACAUUGUGGAUAUAGGAACCGUAACAUUCAUGCAUUGCAUAUACUGGAGGAGCGGCGAACCUAAAGUUGAAGAACUCCUGAAGUUUUUGUCUGUUCGGGAAUGUGAGGGCAAAUUUCAAUUUACCGAUAAUCUAUUGAGCUUCAUUGAGUCAUACGAACAAUUCAUCGAAUUCCAGAAGAUAUGUAAAACCGAGUUACGCCUUCUCAAGGAACAGAAAUUGAGAGAUAACGAUCCUUUUUCCUUGUUCACAGUGUUGACAACAAAUGAGAGGGCUUUAGCGAAAAUUUAUCGUUAUGAUCCCUUUAAAACCACUGGAAUCACCGAUUUUGAAACGAAAAAGUUUCCAAUUUAUGGGAACGAUUUGGUUACAAAUCAUAAAAAUGCUAUAGCGAUACUUGAAGCAGAAACUUCAAUAUGCGAUUUCCUCACUAAAACUAGUGAUAAUGUUUUGGAUCGAUAUUCAAUUUAUGAAAUCAUAAAACUCAUAUCAACCGGGGACAUAGUGAAAGUACCAUUAAAAUUAAUUUAG